GUAUCUUCAAGAAGCAUUGACCCGUCUCACAGCGUAAGAUGCUCACCUACUGCGUAAUGUACAUGAUGACACGACUACUGAGACUGGCAUUCACUUUGCUGCAGCUUCGUGCCUUCUGUCUUCGUACCCCGCCAAGCUACUAAGCUACCCUAGGCUAUGAGUGUUAGCUGUCCGCGCUGAGUCAGGCGGCCCUAGUCUGCUCUGAAACCUGUCUACAUAACCUACGGAAGGGUUCAAUACCUAGUUGUUCUCGACUGGUAGGAGUGGUUAAGCUGGGCUUCCUUCUGUACCGCAAUGGCAAACGAGGUCACACUGUACGACAUACCCUCUCGCGGUGGCGUCUGCUGGUCGCUCAAUCCAUGGAAAGCUCGCCUGGCACUUAACUAUAAAUCCAUUCCCUACAAGACCGAAUGGCUCGAGUACCCGGAUAUUGCCCCCACGCUCAAAUCCUACAGCGUCCCGCCAAACGAUCCCAAGGACAGUACUGCCCAGUACAGCUCCCCAGCCGUCAAGCUUCCCGAUGGCACGUAUGUCAUGGAAAGCCUGAAGAUCGCGCGAGCGCUGGAGAAGCUCCAGCCAGAGCCGAGUCUGCACUUGGACAACGGCUACACGGAGCGAAUGCAGUCUGCGGCGCAGAAGGUGUUGCAGUCGCUCGCGCCAAUUGGGAUGCCGAGGAUCCCGGUCAAGUUGUUAAAUGAGGCCUCGCAGCCUUACUUCAAUGAGACAAGAUCGAAACGGUUUGGGAUGUCCUUGCCGGAGCUUGCGAAGAGCCAGAUGGCCGGGGAGACGGCGUGGAAGAAGGCGGAGCCGGCCAUGGAAGAGAUCAAAACGAUCCUGCAUGAGCACGAGGAGGGGCCGUAUGUGAUGGGCAAGACGGUAAGCUAUGCGGACUUCAUUCUCGUGGGUCUCUGGCGCUUCGUCGAGUUGUUGGAUGAGGACGGUGAUAUGUUUGGAAGGGGGAUGAAUUUCGACGAGGCAUUUCCGAAGCAUUAUGAGGCGUGUAAGCAGUGGAUCAAAAGGGAUGACCAUUGAGUGGGCACGUUCGCCGUAAGGUAAAGAAAGUGUAAUGCUUGCUCGACAUGCUGAUUAUGCUUCGAAAUGUGAUACAUGACAC